AUGACAAUUACUAUUGCGGGCCUGUUGGCGCGAAACAAGGCUGUCAACCAUACACCUUUGCCUUCAAUUGCGGAGAGAAAGUUACAGAGAGGAGCCCCACCUCGCACGGUGAUUGUUACCUGCUGUGACCCUCGAUGCAUUCCAGAGGAAUUCUUGAACCUCAAAGCUGGAGAGGUUGUUGUCCACCGUAAUGCUGGAGGAAACAUCCGCUAUGCCCUCCGUGAUAUCUUGAUUCUCGAUGCACUAGUCAAACUUGAUGAGAUUGCCAUCAUACACCAUACCGACUGUGGCACCCUACGCUUUACGGAUGAGCAGCUGCGCAUUGCCUUGAAAAAACAAAUCAAUGAGACACAUUGGGCCAAGAUUGAGGAGAUGGAAUUUGGUGCGGCUCUGGGAACCGAAGAAAAUCUGAGAGGAGACCUUGAGUGGGUUCACGCAAGCCCUUUGAUAAGGGAUGCGCUCAAAGAUGGUACUCAUGGCUUUAUCUUUGACCUUAAAAGUGGGAAAUUAGACGAAGUUGAAAUGUAG